GAAAGAUGGCGGCCCCCGUGAACGACUUACUGUAGACGUUUUUUGCAACUUUAAAAUCCUUACAACUGGACAAAGUCAUCAUUUGGGACUGUACAGACAGUGGCAAUGACGUCUGCCUACAGCCUGAGGCCAUGUGUGUAUGAGCCGUGUUUUAAAGUGAGUGUCUGUCUUCAUGAGCCUGUAUGGAACAACACAAACGACUCAAGUAAUAUUUCUAUUGAGAUGUUGUCUCUUUGUGUCCUGCUUGAACAGAUGUAUAGCAAGGAUCAAAAUAAGCUACAGAAACAACGUCCGUGCUUGAAAAAGAAAUUCAGCAACACAUUUGAAUCUCAAAAACCGCUGAUUGUGGACAGGAUGCAUACAUGUUUAAGUGCAUUGGAAGAGCCCAGUCUCACUAUGAAGGAAUACUUUGAAAGGACCGGACUGAGUACGUUGUUUCCAAAAGUGAUGUGUGGUUUAUCUCAGGAAUGUGUGCCAAGCUUGUCUCCUCUGGAUGGAUAUUUCAGUCACUUAUCAAGAUUAAAUCAACUUAUGGUGCUGUGCAAACAGAUUGCCAAUGAUGUCACCCUUGGCAACCACAAGUACAUUGCACAUCAGUUAGCACUGCUUCAUCAACUGUUGAACCAGGUGUGGAGUGGAGACUCGCUGGUCAACAUCAAGACUGACAUUGAGACGAGAUUCAGGAAGUUAAAAUCAGCCAUUGAAUCCCAGAAGAAACAAACCAAGCCUGUGCUACCACAAGUAUACCAGUCCUGGCUUCAAGAUACAGCAACUUCUUUACUCGACAUGAUCAUGGACUUUUCCCUGGAACUGCAACAACCUUUAUUGCCUGCCAUUGGCUUUUUGCAGCAGAGCCAUCAUACAGCAUCCAUUUCAUGAUCUUAAAAA